AUGUUGAGGCCUGGCAGGGACGCGCCGUCGGGCGGAGGGAGGAAGGCGGUGAGUGCGUCCCCGUUGCUCUCGCGGGGGCGGCGGGCGGUGCCGGGGCCUCCCUGCGAAGGGGGGAGCCGGGGCCUGCGGGAAGGAGAGGCCUGGCCCGGGUGUAGCGGAGUCCCCUUGGCAGCGCCGAAGGGCCAAUUUACAGACGAGCUCGGAGCGGAGACCCUCGGCUUUCCCCCAGCCCAGAGGAAUGGGAACCGGUACCGCGCGAGCGUCCCGUGUGCUGCUGCCACCGAGAAGAGCUGCCGGCCGCGCGCGCCCCGCGUGCGCCGCACCUCGUCGCUCGACACCAUCGUGGGCUCCUACCUGCUGGGGCAGUGGCCGCGCGACGCCGACGGGGCCGCCGCCUCCUGCACCAACGACAAAGCGACCCAGACUCCAGUGUCCUGGUAUGAAACAGAAGUGGGGAAAGCCAGCUCCAGUUCUCACAAGCGUUCGGCUUCUUGGGGUAGCACAGAUCACCGCAGAGAGGUAACAGAGACCGCUCCCGAUGACUCUCCUUCGGGAUUCCCUCCUCCAUCUCCCAUUCUGAGGCUCAGCCCCUGCUUGCACCGGAGCCUUGAGGGGCUGAACGAGGAACUGGAGGGAGUGUUUGUGAAAGAACAGGGAGACGAAGAGCUUCUGAGGAUCCUGGAUGUCCCGGAUGGCCACAGGGCGCCGGUGCCAGCGCAGAGAGGCUCUGGGGAUGCAGCGCUGGCCCUGGAGCCCAGCAGCAGCAGCUGCUGCAGCCUCUCUCUUUCCCCGUCCCCGUCCGUGCCCCUGCGCCUUUCCCCGCACACCCCGGUGAGGCCGGCGGCAGAGGAGCUCUCCCCUGCUACGGAUGAUUCUCAAAAAAACCCCUGUCUUCCUUUCCUCUUAGAGGGUGGCAGCCCUUCUCCAGUCCUGGCCUUUGCUUCUUCUCCUCGGCCCAACCACAGCUACAUGUUUAAACGGGAACCUCCCGAGGGAUGUGAGAAAGUCCGGGCCUUUGAAGAAGCUCUAUCCCCCAGCCCCGAUCCGACUUUCCAGCCUUCCUGCCCAGACAAGAACAAAGUGCACUUCAACCCCACCGGUUCUGCCUUCUGCCCCGUCAGCCUCGUGAAGCCGCUUUUCCCCAACGUGGGCUUCCUCUUCCGGGGCUUCCCUGCUGCCUCCAGCCCUGGCACGGGCUCCUUCACGUCCUGCCCGUCCUCGGCGCCCGCCCCGUUCCUCGGCGUGCGGAAGGACCCCGCCGUCGAUGGCUUCAGCGAGGCGCCCAAGUCGCCGUCGUUGAGCUACGAACACUGGAAGCGCGGCCAGUCCGACGAGAGCGGCGUCUUCCACAGCUCCCUCGUGGUGUGA